AUGCUUCUUGUGGUACCCGUUCUAUGCUACGCUCUCUUGGCUGCUGCUGCAGAUCCCGAGGUCCAACUGGGCAACACGACGCUCAUUGGGAGGGAUGUUGCAGGGCUGGAGCAAGAAUUCUUUGGAGGUAUUCCCUAUGCUGAAUCUCCAGUUGGAGCCUUGCGUUUGCAGCAUCCUGUAUUGAAAACCACUAUCGACACCGAUGAAUUCGAUGCUCAAAAUUUUGGACUAGCCUGUUUUCAACGCAACGUUUCAAUCGAUGAGAUCUCGGAGGAUUGUUUGACUAUUAACAUAGUUCGGCCGAAGGGAGCGUCUUCUGAGGAUCCCUUGCCCGUUAUGUUCUGGACCUACGGAGGCGCUUUCUACGGAGGUGCUUCGUCAUCCUUCAAUGGAAGCAAUAUUGUUGCCCAGAGUGUUGCCAGAGGCACUCCCAUCAUCUAUGUGAACUUCAAUUAUCGGCUGGGGCCAUUGGGCUUCCCUCAAGGACAGGAGGCCGACGACAGAGGACAACUCAACCUCGGAAUCAGAGAUCAACUAACUGCCCUGCAAUGGGUUCAAGAGAAUAUUGGCGUGUUCGGUGGUGACAAAACCAAGGUUACGAUCUUUGGAGAAAGUGCUGGAGCAAUGCUGACGAAUCUUCUGCUUCUAAAUGCGUCGAUUUCUGACUUCGCCAGGGCUGCGGUAAGAGCACAAUCGCUUGACAGAAGUUACCAUUCUGACUCAUUGGCUAGAUCAUGGAAAUCCAACUGGCAGUAUUUCGUAGGAGGGACACCCGGCUGCGAAUCUGUCGCUGACACGAAUAAUACUUUUGACUGCUUGCAGGCAGCGAAUUCGUCUGCUAUAUAUCAAGGAUUUUUGGAGGCGUAUGAGCUGGCCAUAGAAGAUAUAGCUUUUUAUCCUGUGCUGGACGGUCCCUCGGGUACUACUCUUCCCGAUCUCCCCACACGCCUCUGGGCGAAGGGACAGUUUGCUACGAUUCCGUUCAUAUCGGGCACGAAUCUAGAUGAAGGGACUCUCGGCCUGUCGACAAGUAUCAAUUUCACCGAUGACGCCAUCAAGGAUUUCAUACAGACCACCUACUCUGCGUUCCCACCUUACCUCUCUGAUGAGAUCUUGGACCAGCUUCUCGAGCUGUACCCUGAUGAUCCAUCCUUGGGUGCGCCGUAUGGCACCGGAAAUGAAACUUUUGGGUUGUCUCCAGGCUGGAAGAGAGUGGCAUCCAUGACUGGGGACUUGACCUUUGACGCUCAACGUCGGACAUGGACACAGACUGCUGCCGAAGCGGGCGUGAAAGCAUACGGAUACCAAUUCACGCAGAAUUCGUCGUCGUACUCGGCCGAAUUGGGAGUUCCACAUGCAUCCGAGAUAGACUUCGUCUACGGAAAACUCAAUUCUUCGAGCGAGCCUGCUUCGUCAAUGCUGUUGAGUGAAAUGAUGAUAGAUUAUUGGGUUUCCUUCGCUACGAGCUUGGAUCCCAAUGAUGGUUUAGGGACGUCUCGUCCUUCCUGGCCGCAGUACACGCCGGAGAAUGAGGUGCUCUUACAACUGAAUGGCGACAAUAUGACGGUCAUUCCGGAUGAUUAUCGGAAGGAGCAGAUCGAGUUCCUUCGAGAUAACGCUGAUGCUUUCCACCGGUAA